GAAAUUGGGAGAAGCAAACAAGUCUUUUUCUCUCUCUCUCUUUUUUUUUCUUCCCCCUGUCUGUCUGACAGAAUCCCAUCCCUCCAGGCUGUCAGGCUGCUGGGUGGUUCACUACAUGAGACACAGCCCGCCUCCGUGCUCCACCACAUCUGGAUUACUGGAAAGCAGAGGGGAUGAGACUACCAGAGAAAAUACCCCAGCCGACUCCACAUCCUUCUGCUGCAGGGGGUUAAAAGGGAAAUGCAUUCCCAAAUCCACAACAGACCAAAGGAGCUAUCACUCAUCAACACCAGCCUGUGGGCUCAUGUGGCGAUGGAGAGCCCGAACUUUACGCACGGACCUGCCGCCUCGAACGAGACUCUGGCUCAGCAGACUCGGGCGCCCAGCGUCGAGACUGACAUGGCGUUGCCGAUGUUUAUGUUUGCCGGGGGCGCCAUUGGGAAUUUAAUUGCAAUAAUCGUCCUUUCGGUGUCGAGACAGGAGCGCAAAUCUUCCGCUUUCUACACGCUGGUGUGCGGUCUGGCGGUGACGGACCUGCUGGGCACCUGUUUGGCCAGUCCGCUCACCAUCGCCAACUACCUGGACCAACGCGUGCUGACGUACCCACAAGUGUGCGAGUUCCACUCCUUCCUGUUGCUGUUCUUCGGAGUCACGGGUCUGAGCAUCAUAUGCGCCAUGGCAGCGGAGCGGUUCCUGGCCAUCUGCUGCCCGUACGACUACCAGCGGUGGGGGGUGGACCGACGCUUUGCGCAAAGGUUCCUCUUCUUGAUCUACAUCAACCACAUCUUCUUCUGCUGCCUCCCGAUGAUGGGCAUGGCGAGGAGCGUGCUGCAGCCGUCCCACACCUGGUGCUUCAUCGACUGGAGGACGGAGGAGCCCCUGCCCGCCGCCUACUCCGUCCUGUACGGCUUGGUCAGCCUGCUGCUCAUCCUGGGCACCAUCGUGCUGAACCUGGCGGUGUGCGGCGCGCUGCUGCUGAUGCGGCGCAGGACGGUGCAGGGGCCCGUCACCAGAGCCAGCGUCCGGCAGAGGUGGAGGGCUCUGUCCUCGGCCGCGGAGACGCAGAUGAUCGCGGUGCUGGUGAUGACCUCCGCGGUGGUCCUGGCCUGUUCAGCCCCGCUAGUGGUGCGAAUGUUUGCCAACCGCUUCAUGCUGAAGUACGACCCUACAGCUGACCUGGCUGCCAUCAGGAUAGCGUCUGUCAACCCGAUCCUCGACCCCUGGAUCUACAUCCUCCUCAGGAGGUCUCUGUUUCGUCGGUUAAUCAGUUUAUCGAGGCAUGGCAGCAGCACUCACAGCGGCUCACCUCCCUCACCACAGACAAAUCUGUUUUAUCCUCAACUCAUGACGGAUGGCACCGUGUUCGCUCAGCUGAUGUGCAGUGCCAACGUCAUCACUCAGCUGCCGGCUGCCGUCAAAUUCACACCCUAUGACGCAGAGAGUCUCUGUCAGACUUGACUGAAGACGUGCUUGACGUCUGUGGAUAUUGGCUGUCUUCUCAGGCUGCAGGCAGCUCGAUGCAGGGCCAGAGACCUCAAUGUAAGUGAGAUGGAAGCACUGUGAAGAGGCUGGCAGCUGGCAGCUCCUGCAGGAUUACUUAUCUAAAAACCAGGAGGGCUGCCCUGGUUGCAUCUGAAGUGACACAGAACAGAUGAGAAAAACUCUGACUUGGAUGCUUUUUACAGAAAUGCAACAAUGAGGCAUGACUCAGUCUUUAGUUUCACUGUCAUCCAGCCCCUAUUAUAUAACUCAAUGAUAGUCAAUCAGCUACAGGAUUCAUUAACAGCUCAUAAAAAACAUAACAAAGAACUGUGUGGGAUCCAUCACAACUACUUUUCUGAGACGCGUUCAGGUGGAUUUGGACCGGUCGUCCUGCCUCAGUGACAGAGAGUCAGACAGGUCGUUUCUGUCAGAAGCAGUUUCUGUUUCAGGAGACACAUUUGAAACACUGACAUGAGCUCGAUGAUGCACUGAUUAAAUGCUACUGAUUCAUGUAUUCAAUAAAGAUCCUAAAGCUUGAA